UGUAUCCUCGGAUACUCUUCUAUCACGGUAUGCUAAACAGAAUUAGAAGGAAUUUGAAAAUUUAAUAUAAAAUAUAUUUUAACAAAUUGCACCACGGUUGACGAAUUACAAGCAAUGAUCAAAAUAGUCAUAUAGAAAUAAAAUAGCAGCCCCGUAUAAGUGGUGCGCGGAAACGAUAAAAUUGUACCGACACGAUAUUGUCAUAAGUUACAUCUGCAUUUUUCAGGCAUGGAAUGAGAACAACAAAGAAAGGAUCCCGACGUAUUGUGUAAUAGCCUUAUCUCAUACGAUAAAUAUUUUUAUAAUUUGCUACAUUGCAGAAAUUCUCAGCGAACAAGUAACACAACAUUUUCAUUAGCAUUCCGUAUAAUUUUAUCAAAAUAGUGCUAGAAAUAAAAAACUUCCCCAUAGUGUUAUCACGCAUAUUUGAUGCAUAAGAUAAUGAUAAGUAUUAUUUCAACUCCGACUUAGAAGUAGGAGUGUGACAUUAAAUCCUGUAACAGUAUAGAAAAGUUGGUAUGGCGACUUACAUGACGGAGUGGUAUCGUCUACCUCCGAAGACUGCUCUCGGUCUUCUUCUGAUAAAUAUGAGAAGCAAUUUCAAUAUCCAUCUUACCGCCGGCAAAAUGGUCGAUUUGUCUUUGUACACAUUUGGGAAUGUUAUGAAAGCAUCGGUAACGUAUUUAAACAUGUUACGACAAAUUACAUCAUAG